AUGUCCUCCUCUCGAGCGACGGACAUGCCUACUCAACACUAUGAUACCGGCGUGACGCAGUACAAGGCCGGUCAAUGGGGCGAAGCGGUCCGUUCGUUUGAUAGGGCGAUCACACUCGGCUACAAGCUACCUGGAGCCUGGGAAUACAAGGCAAAAUCCAAUCUCAAUCUCUCCAAUGCUGAGGCUGCCCAUUUCGCUAAGACCCAGACGGGUCCGGAUGGCGAGGCAUCGUACGCGUCGGCGUACAAGACGGCAGAGUCGGCAGUCAAGAGGUUUGGGAAGACGGAUCGAUGGCAGCCAUACUAUAUCCUCGCCGACAUCCUGUACAGACGACAAAAAUACUCGCAAGCCAUGUCCUAUCUCGCCACCAUCCCUCGUCAUCCCAAAUUCCAAAAGGCCACACCUGAGCAGCGUGCUGCGGUCAAGAAGCUUUCCGAGCUCGUCAGCAACGACAUGCACUUCCUACGCCAGCGCAACAAAGGCCGGGAGGAGGCGAGCGCGGUUGAGCGGGAUAUCGAGUUGGAGACGCGUGUCAAGCGGGGCAUGCGCUUUGACCACCUGCUUGCUCCGGAUGUCUUCCUCAGGAUCGUGGAGGUGGCGAGGGAUACGGAUCCGCGGCUGGCGACGCGGAUGAGUGGGGUGUGUAGGCGGUGGAGGGACGUGCUGGUACCCCAGCGAGGGGUCUGGCAGCGCCUCAUCUUGGGCAAGGGGUCGUACGUUCCGCUCAAGGUCAAGACGUACCUGAAUCGGUGCGAGAGUGGGGAGGGGGAGGAGAUUACGGGGCUGAAGGAGCUCCGGAUUACGGAGCGGUUCGACAUCAACCUGGCGGACGAGGUCGGCAGGCUGGUCGAGCCACAUGCGGAGUUCAUCCAGCAUCUGCGGAUCGAGUCGUCUCCGGGGGCGAUCAAGAUCAUACUCCGACACUUCGUACGGUCCAUGCGGAGCCUCCGGACCCUCACCAUCCGUGUGACCGGUGUCGAGACCGGGAACAUCCUUCUAAUCGAUCGCCUGGAUCUCGACCUCCUCACCCGGACAGCCACGUCUCUGGAGGAGGUCGAUCUCACUGGCAUCGAGUUCAACGGUCCAGAUUAUAGUCACCCUGAGAUUCCGCCCCGCGGGAAUCCUACACUAUGGGUGCGAAAUCCGGCCAAGCAGCUCGCCCACCUCGCUCUCAUGCGCCUCACCGACUCGCGUAUCCACUCCUCCACCGGCAACCUCCUUACCCUUCUUCAGGACACACCCGCCAUCAAGGAGGUCCACCUCACCAACGUCGUCUCGUACUCGUCCACCGUGCCUUCGGCUUCCGGCAUCGCGCCUGCUCCGGUGGAGGAGGGCGAGGAGCUCCGCCUGAAAUCUCUCGAGACGUGGGUCGCCCACUCAAAGCACGGGAGGAAUGUCUCGAGGGAUCUCCUUCCCACCUCCAUCCUCGCGCCAAACCUGCUCAGCCUCGAGUACGAGGUAGCUGGGGCGGGGAUGUCAGCGACCGAGAUGCUCCGCUCGCCGGCAAUCAGGGAGGCGCUUCCCAAGCUGCGCAGCCUCAGCUUGGGCAAGACGGCCAUCCCUGGAGACUUCAUCGACGUCUUGCAGGAGAUGACCUCGCUGGAAUUCCUCAACCUUGCUCACGGCAGCGUGUCGGCGCCCUUCUUCGAAGCUCUCGCUAGCGGCGCGACCAAGGAACCCCGCCUCCUUCCCAACCUCAUCGCCAUCUCCCUCGCGGGCAACCUUGAGCUGCGCGCUCCCGUUCUUCGAGACUUUGUCAACUCCCGCUUGCCCUGGUGCGAAUGCAUCCCCCUUCCAGCAGCAAAAGCCGUCCCCGCAAAGCGAAGCAUGUUUGCGCCUUCCUCCUCCAAGUCCUCCUCCCAAUCUGAAGGGAAUGUCCCUCCCGCUCCUCAAUCUACGCCAAUGCCGGGAGCUCCUCCUCCCGCCCGACUCCGUUGGCUUAAUAUCGACCAAUGCGAAUCGGUCGACGCGCUCCUCUUCCCGGCGCUGCGGGAGCGGCUGGGCUUUGUGAGCCACUGGAUGGGCGCGCCGGACGAGGAGAGGAUCAGGGGGAAGGGCAAGUGGGACUGGGAGUUGGAUUUGAGCGUGGAAUGUCGCAUGAGGAGGGCUGAGGGGGGUGAUGGGGUGGAGAAGUGUGAGGUAAGGGCUACUGGUAACGGCACGUAUCGAGUGCACCACGUCUGUGCCCAGGCUUUCGUCCCCGAGGAGCAGGGAUGGGAGCACACGAGCCAGAUUGCGCGCUCGCAGCUCUCCGCGAGUCAGGCGAGGAAGGGGAAGCGGAAGGCAGUGGACACCGGGGGUCAGGCGGGCAGAAGGGGACGGUUGAGCGGGCUGCAGGAAGAGUAG